UAAAGCCGCCUUGUCACCCCUCCUCAAUCUGCACCUUUCUGUAUAGGACGAGGGCAGGACAGCAUUGCUGCUGCUGUCAGUUUACUGGUACAUGCUUGGACAAACUGGGACUUCACACUGUUGCUCUUUUUAUUAUGGGAUAUACAUAAAUUGCUUCACCUGUAAGUGAAACCUGUUUUACUAUCAUGAAAAGUAAGUUUUAGCCAUUGCGGUUCGGUCUGGAAGAAAAGACUUCACUCUGAACCGGUGCAACCGGCUUCUUCAUGAAUUUGUUCCGAUAAAGGCGAUGGAUUUGCAGAAGUUGGGCGAAGCGUCCUCGGCAUUGCUGGGCUGCGUGGCGGUGCAGAGGAACUCAUCGGGAAACGGCACGGAAAACGGGACCGCGGACGCCGCUGAUGCCGCCAACUGUGGAAAUGCGUCCGCUAUUGUACGGCUGCAGCCAGGGAGACAAAGGGAGAUGGACUCUGUGCGAAUUCUGCUCUACACGCUCAUCUUCCUCCUGGGCGUCUUCGGAAACCUCCUCAUCAUCAUGGUGCUGAUCAUGAACAAGCACAUGCGCACAGUGACCAACUCCUUCCUGCUGUCGCUGGCGGUCAGCGACCUGAUGAUGGCGAUUUUCUGCAUGCCCUUCACGCUCAUCCCUAACUUGCUGGAGGACUUCAUCUUUGGGGCGGCUAUGUGCAAGAUCGUCGCUUACCUUAUGGGAAUAUCAGUGAGCAUCUCCACAUUCAGCCUAGUCGCCAUAGCGAUCGAGAGGUACAGCGCCAUCUGCAACCCGCUGAAGUCUCGGGCGUGGCAGACCCGCUCGCACGCCUACCGCGUCAUCGCAGCGACCUGGAUCCUCUCCCUGGUCAUUAUGGCUCCGUACCCCAUCUUCAGUGGCCUGAUGACCUUCAGCAAGGCCAACAUGACCACAGGACACAUGUGUCGUCUGAGUUGGCCGUGGAGUCAGGUGGAGCAGUCAUGGUACAUCUUGCUCCUGUUCAUCCUCUUCUUCAUCCCCGGAGUGGUGAUGAUCGUUGCUUAUGGACUCAUAUCCAGAGAACUGUAUCGGGGCAUACAGUCAGAGCUGGAGCACAAGAAGGAGUUCACUGGCCAGAAGAACGGCCUGAAUGUGGUGGUGUCGUCCGGCAGCGACGAAGGCGACGGCUGCUACCUGCAGGUGUCCAAGCGGUCCAGCACCAUGGAGAUGUCGGCGCUGGCCCCGGCAGCCGGCGGCAGGGUGGAGAGGCCCCGCAGCAACACCUCGGAGGCCCGGCUGACGGCGAAGAAGCGCGUGAUCCGCAUGCUCAUCGUCAUCGUGGCCAUGUUCUUCGUGUGCUGGAUGCCGCUCUACUCGGUGAACACCUGGAAGGCGUUCGACCUACAGUCGGCGCACCGCGCUCUGUCGGGGGCGCCCAUCUCCUUCAUCCACCUUCUGUCCUACACGUCGGCCUGCGUCAACCCCGUCAUCUACUGCUUCAUGAACAAACGCUUCCGCAAGGCCCUACUGGCCACCUUCGCCACCUGCUGCCGCCCAUGCCGUCGCAGGGGCCGGCCCGUACCGCCCGACGAUGACAUCACCGCCAUCGGCACCUCGCUCUCCAAAUUCAGCUAUACCACUGUCAGCACCGUGGGGCCGCCCUGAUGGGUAGACGCCUCACAUGAAAGUGGGAGCCGUACAGCAGCGACGGCACCUUAUUAUUUAUUUAUCUAUUUAUUUAUUUAUUCAUCUCCCACACACUCACUCUUUCACUGACCAACAAACACAGGCAGUUCAUGAUUACACUCCCAUGUACUUGAUUUUGUUUUGCUUGGUUGGGGCGUCCCUAAGGAAUGUGGUAGCUAUAGCCUGCGCCUGGGGCUGAGGUAAGCAAAUCGCCGUGGUGACUAAUGAGCGGGGACACCCCUCUGUCUUCCUGACACCGCUUUGAUUAUUGACUUUGUCAUCACGUGGUAGAAGGUAUCAAGCAGGUGGCUGGGGAACUACAGCAGGGCAGACGUGUGACUUACAUACGAUGUUCUUAUCACAGAGGAAAAUUGCUUGAUAGGUUUCAUCAGUGGGCUACAUAAAUUCCACCAGGGGAAAAGUCAACACCGGCACUAACCCAGAGUGCCAGGGGUUUGCUUUGUGUGCAUCAUAAGAUGUAAGAGCUAUGGAAGAAACCUCAUAUGGCUAUGGGUGAUGGUUCUGGGUCACACCACUGGGUCAAGUUUUGUGGUGACCUAGAACCAUCGCCUAUUGGUUUCUUCCAUAGCUGUGGUUCUUACCCCGUGUUCAGUUAUAUUGGCGUGAGGGCCCCUUUUGUGUGAUUGCUCUGUAGAUCCAUCCAUUAAUCCAUCCAUUCUAACCGUUUAUCUUGGUCAGGGUCACUGGGAAGACCCAGGCUGGCCAUGGGUACUCUCUAAAACUCCAUCAUGAGGUAACACGUAUAGACAUCAUUACCACUGCUCUGCUUUUACAGCCGGAUACCCUAAAAUAUGCCAAAAUAAUGGCCCCUUAAGUGUACAUUAAGGCAUUUUUUUGGGCUAACGAGUUUCACAGUUUGGAGGGAAGACAGUGGACCAAAACGAAAAGGGAGCAGCCAGGGAACAGAGGCUGUUGAUUGGCUUAGAGAGGGAUGAUAGAGACGGGGCUUUUGAGAUGAGGCUUGUUCUGCGAGAUGGGUCUGUCUGCGGUGGCGGAAGAUGUAGGGGCAUAGCCUGUGGCAGGAGGCGUGUCUUAUAAAUCAUGUCAAUAAUAUAAGUUGAACCAAUUACAUAUUUAUGUAGCUUAUUUAUUAACCUAUCUAAUCUACAUAUUUUUUCUGUUACGUUUGAUUCUAUUAGAUACAUUCUAACUGGUUAAAGCCAAAUACAUUUAUCAUUACAUUUUUUCCCAGUUAAUGUAUUGAUUGAGAGUGCAGACUUCCCAAUUUGUAGUGUGACAUUACUAUAAAGUGGGCGUGCCUUGUUGUAGGCCUUACUUCUGUUGACAGUACUGUCCUGUGGGCGUGUCUUGUAGUGUGACAUUACUAUAAAGUGGGUGUGCCUUGUUGUAGGCCUUACUUGUGUUGACAGUACUGUCCUGUGGGCAUGUCUUGUAGUGUGACAUCACUAUAAAGUGGGCGUGCCUUGUUGUAGGCCUUACUUGUGUUGACAGUACUGUCGUGUGGGCGUGUCUUGUAGUGUGACAUCACUAUAAAGUGGGCGUGCCGCCUUGUUGUAGGCCUUACUUGUGUUGACAGUACUGUCGUGUGGGCGUGUCUUGUAGUGUGACAUCACUAUAAAGUGGGCGUGGCUUGUAGGCGUUACUUGUGCUGGGUGUUUCUAGUCUUUUGGGCUGCAGCUGGACAUCAUUGGGGUUCUGCUGCCAGUUUGUUACAGUAUUUGAAGAGUCGCCCAAGUGUUGCCUCAUUUUGCCUGAUGUAAUAUGAGGCACAGAGCCUCCGUAGCUUCAUGCCUCCUAUUACUGGAUCUUCUGGUUCUGGAGCAUCAGUGUACAGUGGAUUCAGAUUUAUUACAUAAGACCCGCAGAGACUGAAUAAAUUAUCGAUAGAUUUAUGACAUAUGAUGCUCACUGCAAGUGCCAUGAUGGCUCAGAGGGUAGUACACCAGCAGCACUGGGGAUUAGGGUCCCACCUCUGGCGAGUGUGUGGAAUUCGCAAGAUCUCUAUAUGCUGUGUGAGUUUCCUCACAUAGUCCAUGGAUAAUCGGUGUCUCUAAAUUGACUGUAGUGUAUGUUGCUGCAUGCAUGUGCCCUGUGAUGGACUGGCAUCCCAUCCAGGGUGUCCCCUGCCCCGUGCCCUGUGAUGGACUUGGCAUCCCAUCCAGGGUGUCCCCCCAGCCUUGUCUCGUAUCCUGCCUAGAACAGCCUCCAGGUCCCCCUGCAACCCUGACCAGAAUAUGCAAUUUGAAGAUGGAUGGACAAUCACAGCAUUUUAUCUGAAGGAAACAGCACAUCGGAGCAGGCUUUUCAUCACGAAGAGAGCCAAACUAUUCUCUGAAAUGUGCUCAAAUUUUUCAUAGCAUCACUUACCAGAAAGUUCCUUAAUAGACGGCCACAUGCUCAGUGGUGCCCAUGGACAGAUGGUGAAGGAUGCUACCAUGACGUCGCUCCUUAUGUGUCACUUCUAGGAAACAUCUGUUGUCCGUUUCAUCUUUUAAUUCAUGGUAUAAUGUCAGAGUGACCGCAGUGCUUUUUAACUGUAAACUACAUGCAGACUGGCAGCGCAUCGUGGCGUGUGAGACUAUCACCUGUGACUCACCAGCCAUGGUCUCCAUUCAUGAAGAUUCUUCCUUACGCUUUGGGUGAGUUUAUAUGAUGUACAAAGCCCGGAUUCCUACAUGCCUGCAGCCUGUUUUUCAUGACAGUCUUGCUCCUCACUGCAGAUUUAUGUGUCUUGGAUUCAGAGGCCAUAUAACAGCCUCCAAGGUGUUUGGAUAAUCAUCAGCAAAGACUUAAUGUCGCCAAUGAAGUCUGUGCUCCCAGUGAACUGGCUAUCUGUCAGCUCCAGCAUAUAAAACCGCAUUUUCCCCUAGAAAUACGUGUCGCGUCACCUUUCAGAGUAUAUUUCAGAGCAAGGUCUGACGGUGACACACAUACCUGUACAGACAGUCACUGUGUGGUCUCAGUCUCAUUUUGAAAACCCAGUAAUGUUGGUGAGUUUUCAAGUAAGGCAGAUGUGCCCCUAAAGACCUCAGAAUGUCUUAUUCCUAGUGAAAUGCGCAGUCUGUGCUGCUUUAUUUUAAGCAAUUUCCAAAAGUCUGUUAACCUCAGAACAGAACAGGCAGAUCUUUGUUACAUUACUUCAAAUCAAUGGUCAGUCUCAUUAAUCUCUAAUGUUUGUUCUUGUGCUGGUGUUUGGUUGGGGAUUCAGGCAGUCACAUAUAUUAUUUAUUCAUACUUAAUGUUAUUAUAUCUAAGAAGAAAGUAAAUCAAUGAUCAUUAAAGUAAAAAGAUUACAGAAAGCUGUUUUACAGUCAUUGCUCUCUUCCCAGUCCCCCAUAAAUGCAUCACUUUUAGCAACAGCAAAAUAAGCACUGAAUCUGGCAGAAGCUUUGAAAUUUACCAAUUCUAUCUGUGGAUGUUUCUGUGGCAGCUAAUGGUGAUCAUUUGCUAACUCACAAUGGUUUGUGUCGCCUGUGAGUGGAAACAUGGCAUGACUGGACUGCGAGAGGAAGGUAUCCGAGGACUUUGAGUUACCGAGGUACCAGGCUGGCCUGAGAUGAUCUCCCAGCCUCCAUGGUCUGAACUGACUUAUCUGACACUUUUAUCUAAAGCGGUUUACAGUAUUCAGACCCAUGUUGGUCGCACAAUGCUGCAUGUGUUCGGAUACAGCAGAUGCCAGGAGGUUGUUUUGGGGGGAAUCUCCUCUCUGUCAGUUUGGAGGGGGGGGUCAGACAUGAUUGCCACUGCUGCUUGUGCCUCCAUAUCUGAUAUUCUUUCAUGUUAGUACCGCAGUCCUUUGUUAGAUCUGUUAUCUCUUCCCUGUGCCUUGUCGUUUAUAGAUCAUUUGUGGUUUUGUGCUUUUGAUGUUGGUUAUUGUGUGUACCGUAAUGUUAUACCUACUCUUAUUACACCCCCUGGUUCAAUGAUAUUUGUCAAGCUACCAGAAACACGAGACGCGCUGAAUUACCCGGCCUCCCCACCCCCGCAGUAAAAUAAUGGUCCAGGCUGGUUCAACAUACGUGUGUCGUGUCUUGCGAUGUAAGCUGGGGGGUAUUUCUUUAUAUAAUAACAUUUGUAUGUUACACUGAAGUAAACUGCCGUGUCAAAUCAUCUGUGUAUUCACAGUACCUAUAUGUGUGUGACAGACGGAAAGAGACACAGAGGAGUGGAAUAUAAUACAGGCAUGCGGUUUGCCAAAAAGCCGUAUAAAAGUAGGAUCAUUUAUGUACACAGUGUCUCUGUUAGAAGGAAAGUGUAUAAUUUUGUCUUCUGUAAUAUGUACUGUCAGCGGUUAUUACCAAAAACAUACCUGAACAGUGUAAACAACUGAAGAAGCUGACCUGUUAUUCGCUACACUGCCUUGUCCGCUGUUGUAGGAUCAGAAUUUAAUAAAUAUUUCUGUCUCUCAUGUA